UUUCAUACUAACAUAAGAGUUAUAUGUGAUUUUAUAUUAUAUUAUACUCAGAUUGAACGAUUUUACAGACUGGAGUAUUUAUAUAUUUUCCUCAAUAUUUAAAACCCACCACAGUCGAGCCUCGGGCUCCUCCUGCGGGAAGAGGACCUCCCUCCCGGGCAACGUGUGUGUCGGUGCUGUCCUGUCGCUGCAUUUCGGUCCGUGAACGCACCAUAACAGAGAGUUGGCGAGCUGUUGUUCUUUACCGACACCGACGAGACCCGUUAUCUCGCCGUGGAUAACACUCCCGAGAUAAGCAAUGCCGAGGGCACACGGACGGGAGCAAGAUCUGAUGAAGGAAAACAGGUCUAUCAAGAGACUGAUAAACAAGCUUGAAUGCGAGAAGAACAACCCAAAAAUGGCACCUAACCCGGACCUUCAAUCAGUCACAAAAGAAUUGCACGAAGUCAAAACUCAACUUAAGGAAGAACAAGAACAGAAUGCUCUCACGGUGAAACACUUAGCGAAGUUUAAGAAACAAUGUGAUCAGGAAAAAUUGCUCAGGCAGCAAAUGGAAAGAGAUUUUAAAAGUUUUGACAAAACAAAAAUCCAGAAUGACAAAGAAGUUGAAGAAUUGAAGGAUCGUGUGCAAAAAUUGCUUGGGUGUAAACAUGUUGCAGAACAAGAAAUUGUAAGACAGAGAAAGGAACUCGAAGAUUGGGAGGAACAAUAUACAGCUUUGAAUAAAGAACUUCUCUUGGAAAGCAAAAAACAUGAGAAUUUAAAAAAAAAAAAUGAGGUUCAAGUCGCUGACAUAGAAACGUACAAGCAACAAGAGGAGAAAUACAGGGCAAACAUCAAAGAGAUUAACAAAGCGUAUAAGGAGUUGAAAGCCAAAUGUAAAAGGUAUUCAAGUUCAAACAAGGAUCUGAAAGUCGAGGAGGACAAGAGGAUUGAAAGAGAGAUAUGCCUGUUGAGAGAAUCAGAACAUCAGACAAAAGAGGCAGAGAAACAGCGUCUCAUCAUUGUCAGGAUGGAGGAAAAAGUGAACACCUUGAGUAAUUCUAACGUGACACUCCAAGAUCGUUAUAGUUUGCUCAGCAAGCAGUGGAGCAUCCAAGAGGACGCGGUGCUGCGUCUCAGGAAUGAGGUGUCUGAGUCCCAAAGCAAGAAUACGACGAUGCACAUUGAGGCGGAGGGCCUCAAGACUGAGAAAGAGCUCCUUCAAAAAAAACUGCACGAGGCUCAGGAGGAGCUUAAACAAAAAACAUCAACAACGACAACACUGCAGAAGGAAGUUGAAAUUCUGAAGGUCGAGGCUGAUGCCAAUAGCCAGGUGCUGGACAAGACGAACCACGAAUGUAAAUCCUUGGGAAAAAAGCUGAAAAGGCGCAGCUCACAGCUCACAGAAGCAAGGAAAAAGUGUGAGGCUUUGAAUAAAACGGAUGACCUGUUGCUGGGUAACAUCAAAUUAAAUGAGGUCAUAGCUGAGAAGGAAAAGUUGGAAAAAGAGUUGCUGAACUGCAAAUCAAUGGUUGAGAAAAAGGAAAAUAAGCUCAAUCUCCAGGACGCAGAAAUGGUCUCUUUUCAAAAGUCAAAUCAGGACUCUCUAAAUGAAGUCUCGUUUCUCCUGCAGGAGAACAGAAGACUACAGGAUGAGAUGUACAUCACAAAAUCAAGACAUCGGCGGGUCACAUCAUUCCUAAGCUCAGCUAAGAAUUUUAAGGUGAAACAUCUUAAAUUCAUUCAUAAAAAUGAAGGUUCACUUCUGGCGAAAAAGAACAAGGAGAUCACGGAGUUGAGGCGCAUGUUGGCACGGCGGCCGGAUGACGCCAUACAGAAGUUCCAGGAGUCUCAGUGGGACAACAGAGGCCUGAGAAAACAGUUGCAGGCAGCAGAGGGAAUGGCCAUUGCCUUCGAGAAAGAAUAUAGGCGCGUGAGAGAGGAGAACCAGGAGCUGACCGAUACCGUGAGAAAACUGAGGUUGGAGAAUAAAUGCAAGCGCACCCACUUGCCCCCGAUUUCAAAAACCCACAAGCCCCCCACUGAGGAGAGAUCCAAGGACCAAUGCAGGCUCGGGUCCAUCAAAACUGGCCUCCCAAACAUUGAUUAUCCGAAGUCUGUAAUAAUCAAGUCCCUCAAGCCAUUCCCCCCCCCACGGUCUUAACUUGGCCACACAGGCAGAACGCUAUCUUGUCCAGGCCAGGAGCCGGAUGUCCAGUACCAGUUCUCCGUGUCCCGUUGCCGGCUCCCAGUGUCCC